GAGAAAAUGCAGAAAUUCAAUCCAGGCCGGGUAGCAGGAGUUUGGUUGGCUGGGUCACAACUGCAGCCUGGUGCCUUCGUCUGGAUACACCCAGGGGACUCGACAGGCGUUAUUCCAGGGCAGGUUAACGCUGCCCAGAAGGGAGCAGUGGCUUUGCCGUGGGCUUUUCUGAGGCUGUGCUUUCGACUCAGCCUGUGCAGGCAGCAGCCAGGAAAAGCUGCACGGUCGCCUUGGCUGGGAGAGCACUGCUUUUGCUUUCUCUUCCUUGUGCAGGGAGGGUUCGAAGGGCAGGCAGCCAGCUCCACAAUCAGCCGCUCUCGAUCUUUCACAAGGGAAAAAAAAGGAGAAGUAAUAGAGCCUGGGAUUUUUUUUAUUUUUUUCCGAGUGGUUUCAGGUUAGUUCAUACUGGCAGCAGCAGUUUGGGUAAGGCUCUCUCCAUGCAGCGAGGAGCAAUGCUCCGAGCCACAAAGGUUUUUUUUUGGAGGAGCAGCUGCUGUGAAGAGGUCGGUUGUUGCUCUCAAAAGGAUGUUUAAUCUAAGUUCCCAGCAAAUGUUACUAAUUCUGUUCUUUCCUAAGGUCUCACUGCCUGCUCCGGGAGGGCACCGCACGCAUGGUAGCUGGCCUGGCCGCCCGGCGCCGCCACGGGUGCUGUGAGGUGGCCGCCGCGGGCAGCGGGCGCAGGACGCGAUGGCCCAGUCCCGUGCCAACGGGUCGCACUACGCACUGACAGCUAUAGGGCUGGGGAUGCUUGUCCUGGGCAUCAUUAUGGCCGUGUGGAACCUCGUCCCCGGCUUCGGCCCCACCGAUAAGCCCACCGCCCAUUCCAGCAACAGCAGCAAGCCCGACCGUGGCAGCGGGGGCAUUUUGAAGAGCAAGACGUUUUCCGUGGCGUACGUGCUGGUCGCGGCAGGGUUGCUGCUGCUGUUGCUCUCCAUCUGCUUGAACAUCCGCGACAAGAAGAGGCGGAGCGAAGACAUAACCAGGGUGCAGCACCAGGCAUCGGCAGAGCCCUCGCAACAGGAGGACAGCCAAGAAGAGGAUGAAGACACAUCCUCCCGGUACUACGUCCCCAGCUAUGAGGAGGUGAUGAAUGCAGGCUACUCUGAGCCCCAUAACCCGGACAGGAGCCACAGGCUCAGCGUCUCACUGCCCUCCUAUGAGUCACUGACUGGGCUUGACGAGGGCGCACAGCCCCAGGGAGCAGUCAGCACGGAGCCAAGCGUGGAGCCCGGCACAGAGCGGCCUCCUGGUCGGCACAGCUCACGCCUGAGCAAGCGCCUGAAGCCCCUGAAGGUGCGGAGGAUCAAGUCAGAGAAGCUGCACCUCAAGGACAUCCGUCUCAACCUCGCCGACGGGAGCAGCACCCACCCCAUCACGAUCGAGCCACUGACACCCCCGCCAAAGUAUGAGGAGAUCCAGGAGAAAGCGCUGGAGAGCCAACAGAUUACAUAGAGAGGAGAAUUUGGUGAUUCUGCGGGUUGAAAACACUUGGAGAGGCUUGGGCAGAGGGUGCGGGAGCAUUUGGCACUCCCUGGAUGCUGAAAUAUUGAGGGAGCAGUCGAUGGAGACUGCGGCAUUGCACGGACAGGACCAUCUCUUCCCAGGAUGGUGUUGUGUCAGAUACCACAGGGAAAUGUCAAUGUGUCUGCUGCUGUGAGGGACACAAAGGUCGGAAGGACUGGAUAUGUGUUUUGUGUUGUUUUAAAUUAAGGACAGCCUAACGUAUUUUUCUCCUUUGUGCCUUGCCUCAACAAGAGGUUUUGAAGCCACCCAACUGCUAUUUAGCAAGAAUUUUCCAAAAGGAAAAAGGAAAUGUUCUUUUUUUUUUUUUUUUUGGUCUUUUCUUUCAGAGUAAGGCAAGCAAAAGUGUCAGAUCAGUGCCGUAGCUGUUCUCUGCUCCAGUCACCGGUGGGGUUGGGAUAGCGGCAUGGGGCCAGCCCAAGCCCAUGCAGAGUUGUGUGCUUGCUGGUGCAAAACAGAAUGAAAUGAGCCCUUAAACUUGUCAGACUUGUAGGUAAGGCUUUACCCGUAGGAAGUUUCUUACUGGCAUCAGUGCCCGUGCUCCUGUGGGAGAGGACUGUAUUUCUUGCCUCGGUGGUUUUCUCUUUGUGCGUUGUGUUGGGAAUUGAAGGGACAGUUGGUAAAUGCAGGGGGCUGGGAGCUGCAGUAAUGUACCUCUGCCAAGAGGUGUUCAAGACUUUCUGGGUGCAAAACGACUGUAGAGCGUGCUGUGCAAGCAGACCUUUUCUAAAUAAAUAUUUUGUACAUGG